GUCAGUCGAGCGAAAAUCCAUAUGUUUAUCUUGUGGAGAAAUGGAAGAAAUACAGUGAUUCAUUUACUCGGUGUCAGGAGGCUACAUGCUAAAGCUGAUCUGUCAGAAGAGUGUCCUCUAAACCUGACCGUGUGUCUCAGAGAGAGAGAGAGAGAGAGAGAGAGAGAGAGAUGUCUCAGACUGAGAAGAGAGCAGGUCUCCUGAGGAGGACAUCCUCCUCCAAGAAGCCUCUGAAGGAGAAGGUGGUGCUCAUGUACGAGGACAUCUUCGCAAAGGAGGAGCCCACGAAGAGCAAUCCUCGCUUCUGGGACGAGCUGUUCCUGAUGAAGGUCAAUCUGGAGUAUCUGGAGGGGAAGCUGGAGUCUCUGGACGGGGACGAAGUGCUCAAAGUCAAAGACAACAUCAACAGUUUGUUCCAGCACUGUGUCCAAGCUCUGGCUGAAGAGCACCAGAUCAAAGUAGUCAACGCUCUUCAGACUCUCUGUGCGCUGUUUCGAGGAGUUCACCAGAAGAACAAGUCUGCCACGGGCUUCGACAUCAUCAACAUGCUGAUGGGCUUCGACAAGGCUGAGCUCCGCAUGAAGGAGCUGAUGGAGAGUCUGGACGCUCUGCUGUGUGGAGACGGAUCUGAGAGUCUGAAGAGCUUGUGUCUGAAACUGCUGCUGUGUCUGGUCACUGUGACCGAUAAUAUUAGUCAGAACACCAUACUGGAGUAUGUGAUGAUCAACAGUAUAUUUGAGGCCAUUCUACAGAUUCUGUCUGACGUUUCCAGUCGAGCGCAGCACGGAUAUGAUGCUGUGGUACUUUUAGCUCUGCUGGUCAACUACAGGAAGUACGAGUCCGUGAAUCCUUAUAUUGUGAAACUGUCAAUAGUGGACGACGAGCCGACCCUGGAUGGCAUGGGAAGGGUCAUCCACCACGCACUCGCAGAGUACAACAGACAGUAUAAAGAGAAAGAAGAAGAAAACCAGGGAGGCUUUUUCUCCACCCUCACCAGCAUGGUGGGCAGUAUGUUUAUUGCUGACGCAGAUGAGAAGCUGUCAGUACAGACUAAUGAAGCCAUCCUGCUCGCCCUCUAUGAGGCCGUACAUCUCAACAGAAACUUCAUCACAGUUCUUGCACAGAGCCAUCCGGAGAUUGACAUUGCAACAACCCCAGCUGUGCCCGUCCCAGCCUCUCCUUUGACCCCGCUGGGCACCACACCGCCCUCUCUGGACAUGAUGAAUAAUCCUGAGCUUCCUCUGGACCCAAACUUGCAGACGAGUAAUCUUCUUAUAACCUUCCUCAAAUAUUCCUCCAUCGUAAUGCAGGACACCAAAGAUGAGCACAGACUCAACAGUGCCAGGCUUUGCCUCAUCAUUCUGACCUGCAUAGCCGAGGACCAGUACGCUGACGCCUUUCUCCACGAUGAUAACAUGAACUUCAGGGUCAACUUGCACAGAAUGCCCAUGAGGCAUCGAAAGAAAGCAGCGGAUAAGAGCAACCCCUCCCGGCCUUUAGUUUGUGCGGUUCUGGAUCUGAUGGUCGAGUUCAUUGUCACUCAUAUGAUGAAGGAGUUUCCUAUGGAUCUCUAUGUACGCUGUGUUCAGAUCAUUCACAAACUGAUCUGCUACCAGAAGAAGUGCAGAGUUAGGAUGCACUACACGUGGAGAGAGCUCUGGUCAGCUCUCAUUAACCUUCUGAAGUUCCUGCUGUCUAAUGAGACCAUCCUUCUGUCCAAGCACAAUAUCUUCCAGCUGGCUCUUCAGGUGGUGAACCUCUUUAACAUGUUCAUCACAUAUGGAGACACGUUUCUGCCCACCCCCAGCAGUUACGACGAGCUCUACUACGAGAUCAUACGCAUGCAUCAGGUGUUUGAUAACCUCUACUGCAUGGUGCUGCGAGUGUCCACCAACGCUGGCCCGUGGAAGGAGCCUGCUAGUAAAGUCACUCACGCUCUCGUCAACGUCAGAGCCAUUAUUAACCACUUCAACCCUAAGAUUGAGUCAUACGCCGCCGUGAACCACAUCUCACAGCUCUCAGAAGAUCAGGUGCUGGAGGUGGUGCGUACAAACUACGACACGCUAACACUGAAGCUGCAGGACGGUCUGGAUCAAUUCGAGCGCUACUCUGAACAGCCCAGAGAGGCCGGCUUUUUCAAGGAGCUGGUUCGCUCCAUCAGUCUGAACGUGAGGAAGAACGUGUCUCUGAGUACCAUGAGUCAGGACGUCCUGCUGAAGGAGUUCUCCUCCAUAUCCUGAGACGACGGGACCUUUGACCUUCAUACUGACACAUCUGAGGCUUCUCCACGUUACCCCGGACAGACCUGGAUUUGAUCUUCAGGCUGUAUGACUGAUGCAGUGUGUGUGUGAGUUUGCUCGCACUCAGAACAGAGUCGUAUUGGAUAAACAAUGCAAUCAGCCCAACUUCGCACAAUGUGAAUUUCGAUUCUGACUACCUGGUAUUUUUGGUUUUUGAUUUGUAUUUUUCUUUUCUUUAUUGGUGGUCCAGUGCUGUUUCUUUUGAUUCUAUAUACUUUAUUGCCUUAGUAACAAAAUGAUGAAAGUCGAUGUGCUUGCGCAGAAAAACCAGCAAUUUUCAGUUCUUUUCUACAUUCAGUGUGAAUGUAAACAAAAUAUCCUAUUUUUGUGAGCCUGGAAAAGGAAUGUCUGGGUCAAGAAAGAAAGAAAAUUAUAAUUUGCAUUAAUAAAAUGAAGCCAGCCAUUAAGAUUUGCAUUCUGACAUGUUUUCAUGACAAACACAUUUUCUCCAAAUUCUCAGUAUUGUAAUGCAAAAAAAGACAAGAUUCUCAUUACCGUAAUGCACCAGAAAUCUCUUUACCUUGACACUCUAAUGAUCAUUUUUACAUUCUUUUUCAUUAAAAACUUCAGUUUAACACGUGCUACCAUAAUGCAUAUUUACAAUUUUUUUAAAUAUUUUUUAUAUAUUACGGUAAUGAGAAUUUGUGAAAUUUGCUAAUUGUCCUCUCAUUACAAUGUGCUACAAUCUCAUUCUCAUUACUGGGAUACAGUAAUACUACAUUUUCUGUCAUUUUUUUCUGUCACGCGUUUACAUACCAUUAUGUAUUUUUGAAUAUGAUAUACAUUUUUAUAAUGAUAAUUUGGGUGUAAAAUUCUAUUCUUAAACAGGUUUCAUUUUAAUGACAUUUCAGCACAUUUCCUCAAUAAUUAUUUUCAGAAUGUGUAAAAAUCUCAUACCAUAAUAGAAUAAAAAUGAUUAUCCUGUCCUUUUUUUUAUUAAAAACAUAAUUUCAGUGUAACACAUGACGCCAUAAUGCAUGAUUAAAUCGUACUUUGGAAUUUAAAUGAUAUACUUUAUUACGGUAAUGAGCACUUGAGGAGAGAAUUUAAUUUUCUUAGAUCGAUAGGCUUCAUUUUUAAGCAAAAUAUAAUUUCUUAUUCUUUCAGUCUUUUAAAGUUUCAUGUCAGUUUUCAUGAGAUUCACCCUAGAGUAUAAGUACAUUCAUUUUUAACAAAUCUGACAGUCUCUUAAUUCUCAUGACUCUCAGUAUAUCCCAGUGUCGCAAGAUGUUUCGGUAUGGUUUCAUGAAAAGAUAUGAAGUUGAAGUGUAAAAACAGCUGUAUGUUGGGUUGUGUAACACUGGGUAAAGAAACAAAUGUAUUAACUUGACACUCCACUGAAAGCUAGUUCAACAGAAUUCAGAACAUUACAGAAUUGAAAAGUGUUCUACUACUAUCUAGUCCAGUUUAAACCAACACGUGGAGGAUAACUGAAUAAACAAACGCAUAGAAAUUCUUUGUAAAUUCUUCCUGGGUUUGGUCCUAAAUGAGUAUUUGGCAUCCUUUGCCUUAGUAUUCUUAUUUAUGGGUGUUUGUUUCCUUAUUAAAUCUUAUUUUUUACAACA